AUGGCUUCAGUUGCACGCCAUUCUGUCUCUCGGUUUGAGGACACUAAUUUGCCGUCGGACCCUAUGUCGUCGAACAAUGUCGACAAGGUUGUUCAAUCGGUGACAAAUGCUACCAAACGUUUAUCACAAAUAUCGACUAGCACCAAUACCUCUUCCAAAAAGAGAAAAUCACAAAACAAGAUUGGGCCAUGGAAAUUGGGUCGUACUUUAGGUAGAGGUUCUACUGGGAGAGUGAGGUUAGCUAAAAAUAUAGAAACUGGUCAAUUGGCCGCUAUAAAAAUUGUGCCCAAAUCAAAUUUCAAAAAAUUGGAAAAUCCAAAGUACAAACACAAACCUGAGUCAGGAGAUGAGGAUGAUGCUGUCCAAAGAUUGCCUUAUGGAAUAGAAAGAGAGAUAAUUAUAAUGAAGUUAAUGUCACAUCCUAACAUCAUGGCAUUAUAUGACGUUUGGGAAAACAAAAAUGACUUGUAUUUGAUUCUUGAAUAUAUAGAAGGUGGUGAGCUCUUCGACUAUUUGAUCAAAAAGGGUAAACUACAAGAAUACGAAGCAGUCAAUUAUUUCAAACAAAUCAUCAAUGGAAUCAAUUAUUUGCAUCAAUUCAACAUUUGUCAUCGUGAUUUAAAACCAGAAAAUUUACUAUUAGAUUUCAAUAAAAACAUCAAAAUUGCCGAUUUUGGAAUGGCAGCAUUGGAAGUUAAUGAGCGACUCUUGGAAACUUCGUGUGGAUCACCUCAUUAUGCGUCUCCAGAAAUUGUGGCUGGCAAAAAUUAUCAUGGUGCUCCUUCAGACAUUUGGUCUUGCGGGAUUAUAUUAUUUGCAUUAUUAACUGGUCAUUUGCCGUUUGAUGAUGAAAAUAUCAGAAAAUUACUUCUUAAAGUUCAAAGUGGUAAAUUUGUCAUGCCUCAUGAAUUAAGUUGGGAAGCAAAAGACCUCAUUACAAAGAUGUUGAGAGUUAAUCCAUUGGAUCGUGUAGACAUUGAAUCCAUUUUGAAACAUCCCUUGUUGACAAAGUAUCCUGAACCAGCUACGUCGUAUUCAUCUACAACAACAUUAGACAUCAGAUCAAUGAACAUCAAACCAAUACAAUCGGUUGACCAGAUCGAUAAGGAAAUCUUGACCAAUUUAUCAGUCUUAUUUCACAAUUGCGACAAAAGAACCAUCGUUUCUAGGUUAACAUCGCCAGGAAAGAAUCCGGAAAAAAUGUUUUAUUACUUGUUGAUGAAAUAUAGGAAUGACCAUAUUGCAAAAGUAAAGGCAGCAGAAACUACUCCACCAAAAGCUACGAAGUCGAUACCAAGAUCGACAUCAAUUGUACAUACAAUUAUUUUUGAUGACGCAACUGGUGAGCCUAUUACUGAAAGUACUAAUGUUGAACAGGUGACUAAAUCAAGUUCAAUUUAUGAAAACAAGUCAUUGUUAAAAUCGAAAUCGUCAAGACAUGUUUUGGGGAAUGUCACAAAUACUAAAGGAAGUGGGUCCGGUGCCAAACAAUUCAAAGCAUCCACAUCAUUCAAUAGAAAAGUGUCAGCAACCCACAAACACAAUCAGUUCAGUACAAGUCGGAACGCAUCAUCACGUUCCCUCAGAUCUAAUGCUUCAAGAGGAACAAACACUCCGACUCCACCAAAACUGAAUAGUCCUAGUGAAGGAGCCCCAAGGAGACCACAGCAACUUCCUCCUACACUUGAUGAAGCAGAAAUUCCACAACGUUCUCCUAAUAGAGCUGUGAGACAAACUAAGCUCACUAGAAACAAACAAGACAAUCAAUCAAUUUUGAAAUUUGAAACUAUUUUGGAUGAGGUGUUUAAUGACACGCAAGAUAAGGAAAAUGAAGUUCCCUCAAGAGCAUCUUCACAGAGGAAAAGAGAAGGUGCUUUAGCUAGGAAAGAACGAGAGCUUGCUGAAAAAGUUCACCAAAGGAACGAAGCAAGAGAAAGUCGACUUAGAAAAGAGGAACAAGCUAGGCGCCAACUUGAGGAGGAACAAAAACAUCUUGCUGAGCAACAAAAGAAACACGAAGAGGAGAGAAGAGCAUUAGUUGAAAAGCAGAAAUUGGAGGAGAAGCAAAGCUUAGAAGAAAAGCAGAAACAAGCUAUUGCCAGAUUGAAGAAGCGUGAAAGUGGCAGCGAUUUUGCUGGACUUAUGAAAUCGAAUCGUAAUUCAGGUGUUUUCCCCCCUCCACCACCUCCAAUCAAGUCUUCAUUGGAUCCAAGAAAUUCAGUAGGAAGAGCUAGAACAUUGGGGCCCGUUCCAUCAAAAGCCACUCUCCGCACCUCCUCAAGUCCGCAUGUUAAUGAAAACACAUCAAAGGUUUUGCACAAGUUUGGAAUUGAUGUUGCCCCUUCACCAAAGAAAUUUACUAGUGAUUUCAAAACUUCAAGUUCGAGGAAUUUAUCAGCAUUGUUGAGUCCAUCACCAUCGCAGAAUAUACACAAGAGUGUCAAGACUUCCAGUUCGAGAAACUUGGCACAGUAUUUACAAGGCGAGAAUGAACCUGUCCAGGGUAAGAAGUUGACUAUCGAUACAUUUAAUGAAAUCGAGCAUGAAAAGGCCACGCAACCACAAUCAAAGAGUGCUUUGAACAGAAGACAAAGCACUCAAAGCUCAUAUUACAAGUCGAUGCUUAAUGAUAUUGACGAGGACAAAGCACAAGGUCAUGUCAAGAGAACUCCUGCCCCAUCAAUCAAAGAGGAAGACCUCAACAGUUCAAGAAUUUCAUUGAUUCCAAAUCCUCGAUUUUCACGUUUUUCCUUUGGUGGAUUAUUAGAACCAAAGACUGUAACUAAUGAAGAAGGCGAUAUCACAAUCUUAAGUCAUACUUUGAACAAUUCAUCCACUGUUGUUAGAAGAUCAAACAAAUCAGCUUCAACAUUUGCUGGAUUAGGAAUUAAAGUGAGAGAUACUAUAAAGGAAGAUGAUGAAGAGGAGGAACAAAGAGAAGAUAAUUUCGUUUCUGUAAACACAACGGCAAUUGAUGAAGGGGAUAGAUCAGGAAGAGAAGAAGGUGACUAUAGCUUCGAUGAUAGUCAUUCUGAUGCAACUACGGUGGAUUCGAACUACUCAUAUGUUGCACCGCAGGAGGACAAUACCGCUGGCUAUUUAGAUGCAGAUCUUUCAAACUUUGAUGUGAUUAGUUCGAGAACGGCAGAUAUUGGAAAAGUCACUAAUCAGAAGCCUAGUAUCGUUGAUUCCAAGGAGACUUUAAUUGGGCAAAGACGCGUCUCGAAUGACGAAACGAUACGAGCAGAUGAUGACAAUGAUGACGAUCUUCGAAGUUCAUUCAGAGCUCGCAUCAAUGAUGAAUUUGAUGAUAAUGACGAUUACUCGCUUGCUGAAGAUACCAAUGAAGAGAAUCAACAAGAUGGUGAAGAGGAAGGAGAACCGGCAUUUCAAAGUGAUUUCAAAAGAUCAAGACACUCAACUGGUAUAUUUAGCACGGCUCAAUUACCAAGAAGCCCUCAUGUUCAACUUGCUGAUAAUACUGGUGAUGAUGAGGCGGGUCCGGUUAGAAAGAAGUCAAUGUUGAAAGAUCAUGUCAUAACUAGUCCUGUUCAAGAUACUUAUGGGGGUGAGAACAAACAACCAUUAUUCAGACGAUUUUCAACCAAGGCUAAGAGAGAUGCGCCAACUGUGCCGGUACUUGAGUCGACACAAGAGCAAGAACAAACCCAAUCCAAGGGUCAUAAUCGAUUCUCAAGAAUCUCCGUGGGUUCGAGGAACCUAUUUGACAUGCAUAAUAAACCACCACAGAAAUCACACCAGCCACAACAAUCAACUGGUAAGAGCAACUGGUUUAAAAAAUUCUUCCAAUCAUUGACUAACUCCUCCAAACAAAGUAAAUCAUCAUCUGGUACGGAAGCAAACCUCAAUCGAUUGACGAAUAGAGAUGUCAAAAUUGUUGAAUCAUCAUUGAAACCAACCGAUUUAAUACGACUUAUCAAAGAUCAAAUGGAAUUGAAAGAACUUGAUGGAUCGGUAAACAAUGUUGGUAUUGAUGAAGAAUUUGGGUUAAUUACCGGCACAAUACCCAAGAAGUUUGCACAUGGUAAGAAACUUAAAUUUAGAAUUGAGGUUGUUGAUUUAAUUACCUCUUCAUCUUUGCAUUUGAUGAGAAUGAGUGGGAAUGAAAAGGGAUUUGAUAAUUUGGUUAAAAUUGUUACUUAUAUUAUCAAAAAGGAAGAACAACAUAGAAAUUCAAGGAACUGA